AGAGAGAAAAAUUUUUUUUUGACAUUUUCAUAUUUUACUAGGUUAAAGCGCUACGCGGAACGGCCAAAAUAUUAAAUUAUGCUUAUUAUGCUAAACACGAUUUCUUUUGCCGACUGCGGUAGCGACGAGUGACUCGACUCUUGCACACCACCGUCGUGCGUUUAGUUUGACGUACCAUAUUACAUCGUAAACCAUAAUCGUUACUGGCCAAUUUCGUCCGUGUGUUGUCGUCACGCGUUUUCGAGAAGAAAAUACCGAUUCGUUUUCCUACGAUUUCGGACGCCGCGAACGCCACCGUUUGAAUGUUUCCCAUCGACUCCGACAACGCUAUAGUAUUCUAUAGUUCUCGGUCGUCCGUUGCAAUUGAAAACGUUCUGUUGUUAUAAUCAUAUUGUAAUUGUCAAUAUAGUAUUAUCAGGUUGGGUUCAGGCACCCGCUACCCACUACCACUUCGAAUAUCUACAAUUAUGUUCACACUAGGAUUUGCUAUACCUACUCAGGUAGCUGCGGCAUUUCCACUUAGAAUAACCAUUCAAGGCCAGAAAUCUAAAUUGAAACAAAAUAAAAUUGAUGUCAAAAACAAAACUAUUGAAGAUAUAUUGCCAGACUAUGCUAAAUCGCUUUUAGAUAAUAUACCUGUUGAAAAAGUGGAUGAAUAUUUAAUGAACAGGCCCACAUAUACAGUUCAUUGUAAAAUAAAGAAACAUCAAAACAUUGUACGUUUGUUGCAAAAAACAGUGAAUAAAAAAUUUGGUCUUAAAUGUCACCAUACUAUGGACAAUAUAAACAAUCAUAUUUUGAUUGUAUCAAAUACACGUGAUUCAUCUGCUAAACACUUUUUACAUCGUCCUAGACCUUAUUUCACAGAUGUUCAAUUCAGAAGCUUUAAGACUGAACGUAUUUCUAGUAAGGAAAACGAUGAAAAAAUGAUAAAUCGUUUGAGAGAAAUGCUUUUACUUCCCAAAGGAAGUGAUUUGAAAGGUACUGAUUUAUUUUCAGGCAUGGAAUUUAAUAAAUUGAAAGAUCAAUUAAAAAAUGAAAACUUAAAUAAAGAAGAACUAGAUAGGUUAAAAAUAUCUUUUGCGGAAGGAUAUCUAGUAGCAAAAGACCAAAAAGGAAAUACUACCAAAUCUCAAAAAUGGUGGAAAAUUGUCCAGUCUUCACUUAUAGUUGGGUUGUUAGUUAGUUCGUUGAUUUCUAUUUUUGUGAUAUUAACAGGAACUAUGUUCAAGAUACAACUCACCAAUCAGGUUGAAGUAAAUUCUGAAGAAAUAACAGUAACUUUUAAUGAUGUUAAAGGGGUAGAUGAAGCUAAACAAGAGUUGAGAGAUAUUGUAGAAUUUCUUAAAAAUCCAACUAAGUUCUCGUCUUUAGGUGGCAAGUUACCAAAAGGUGUACUACUUGUUGGACCACCGGGAACUGGUAAAACACUUUUAGCUAGAGCUGUUGCUGGAGAAGCAGGAGUGCCAUUUUUUCAUGCGGCUGGUUCUGAAUUUGAUGAAAUUUUAGUUGGACAAGGCGCUAGACGAAUUCGCGAUCUUUUUAAAGCAGCAAAAGAAAAAUCACCUUGUGUAGUAUUUAUUGAUGAAAUUGAUUCUGUUGGUGCAAAAAGAACAAAUUCUGUUUUACAUCCAUAUGCAAAUCAAACAAUAAAUCAGUUACUAACUGAAAUGGACGGGUUUCAUCAAAAUCAAAAUAUUAUUGUACUUGGAGCUACUAAUAGACGUGAAGAUUUGGAUCGUGCCUUGCUUCGUCCAGGCCGUUUCGAUAUUGAAGUUGAUGUUCCUCUUCCUGACUAUGCGGGACGGAAACAGAUAAUAAACUUAUAUUUAAAGAAAAUACUUAGCAAGGACAUUGAUGUAGAUCUCUUGGCUAGAGGGACCAGUGGUUUUACUGGUGCUGAUAUUGAAAAUAUGGUAAACCAAGCAGCUGUUAAAGCUGCAAGUGAUGGAGCUAAAACUGUAUCUAUGAAAUAUUUGGAAAUUUCUAGAGAUAAAAUAUUAAUGGGUCCAGAAAAAAAAACAAAGAUUCCUGAUGAAGAAGCAAAUACAAUAACUGCGUACCAUGAAGGUGGACAUGCAAUUGUUGCAUAUUUCACCAAAGAUUCUCAUCCACUUCAUAAAGUUACAAUAAUGCCAAGAGGAUCAUCAUUAGGCCAUACUGCAUAUAUACCAGCAAAAGAAGAAUACCAUGUUACAAAAUCUAGAAUGUUAGCUUUAAUGGAUACAAUGAUGGGUGGACGGGCUGCUGAAGAAUUAAUAUUCGGACCAGAUAAAGUUACAACUGGUGCAUCAAAUGAUUUAAAACAAGCUACCAAUAUUGCAACUAGGAUGGUGAAAGAACUUGGAAUGUCAGAUAAAGUAGGACUUCGUACACAUGAGUCUCAGUCAAAUGAAAUAAUGAGUUUUAAUGAUCUAAGUCCAGCUACAAAUGAACUCAUUGAUAAUGAAAUUAAAAGAAUUAUGCAGGAAUCAUAUGAACGUGCAAAAAGCAUAUUAAAUGUUCACCAUAAAGAACAUAAGCUUUUGGCCGAAGCAUUACUUAAGUAUGAAACAUUAGAUGCAGAAGACGUUAAAGCACUUUUAAGUAAAAAAGCAUAAUGUUAUAAAGCUAUAAUUUUUAUUAUUAAUUAAGCUUUAUGUUUUUCCUAAUAAACAAAUAAAUAAAUAAAGACACUGUCAAAUUAUUAAAAAUGGAAAUCCUAUUUGCAAUAAUAUUCAUGUUUUUUUUUUGUUUUUGUACAAUGCCUAAGCCAUUAUUUUAAGUUGUUAUUCAGUAAAGUAUGUUAACUGUAAUUACUGAGUUAUUUUGGAUUGUAAACAUUUAUAAAUUAUUGAAUUUAAAUAUUAGGUAUUUAGUUGUUGACUAGAUCUUUUAAAAUAUUAUGUUAUAAUAUAUUGUAUUUCUUAAAAAAAUAUUUGAUCAGUUUAUCAAAAUUGACAAAUUAUGUUCACUAUUAUUUUUUCUUGUUUUGUAGACAGAUGAAAACAGUUUAGUUUAAGAGGUCUAAGAAAUAAACUACAAGCCUUCUAUAGGUAAACUCUAAACAGAUA